CCCGCCCCCCGGCAGCCCCGGGGCGCCGCCGCCCGCCCCUCGCCGUCCCGCCCCGUCCUGUCCCUCUGUCCCGGGCCGGGCAGCGGCGAGGGGAGCGCGGGAAGGAGCCAUGUCUCACGGGGCGCGAGUGAUCCGCACCGGGGUGAGCAGCGGGGGGCCCGCGGCCCCACCGGCCGCUACCGUCGCCUCCUCCUCAGCGGGCUCGGACGCGGAUCUCAUGGACGGCGCCUAUUUCCGCUCCUGCGCCGGCAUGCUGAAGGUGGCCCAGAUGAUCUCACUGCUAGUUGGAUUCAUCAGCGUAAAUAAUUCUCCAUGGACGGAUUACAGUGCAUUCAGCUACUUUCAGAUUGUCACCAUGUGCGACUUGAUUAUGAUUUUGUUCUUCUACAUUAUCCACAUUUUUAGAAUCUACAGGCAGCUCACUUGCGUUAGCUGGCCACUUGCGGAGUUUCUUCAUUAUUUAAUCGGUACCAUUCUGCUUCUCAUCGCAUCAAUUGUAGCAGCAUCCAAGAGUUACAAUUUGACUGGACUUGUGGCUGGAGCGACUUUCGGGUUCCUAGCUACGAUCCUUUGUGUUUUAAGCAUUUGGUCAUCCUACAAGGUUUCGUGCAUCACGCAGUCAACAAAUGCAUCUGUGUGACUCCUUCACCUCCACAAGAUGUCUGCCUUACAAAAUACGAUACCAAAGAAGAAUGUCCACUACUGAGAAGAAAGCAUGGAUAUUUUGUUACUAGCCUGGACAGCCGGUAUCUUUUGAAGAUCUACUUGACUGCCUAUGCAAAACAAUGUUGUGAACCAAAGUUUUUCUGCUCCCUCCCCCCCUGCCCCAAAGUUUAUAAUGGAGAACCUGCUUUUUAUAAGCUUUAAAAAGAAAGACAACUUCUGUCUCACAAGCUGGGCUGGAGUCAUUUCCAGCUAUUUGCAAUAAGUGCCUUUAAAACUCAUUUGGAGAGUCAUUUGGUUCUCCUGUCAGAGGGAUGGAAAACUUGCUUCUAAUUUCCUCCAUCUGUUUACAGAAGGGAAAUCCUGCAAAUUCCUACCUGAUUCUUAACUUCCAAGGAUGAUUUGUUUAACAAAGGAACUGUUACAAACUGAUUUGUGCCUGGAUAAGCUGACCCAUCUUUGUUACCUCUUUCUGUCAGAACCGUGGACUUUUUCUAACAUCAGCUCAGCCAGCGUCAAAAAUUAUGAGCUGCAACUUGAAUACAUCACUGCAAACACUCCCUCCUAACCCCAACAGUACCUGAUGAAAUCAGGUUUUUCUCUGUGAAUUUUUACAGAUUAUUCUUAAAACCUUCCCUCUGCCAAAUACAGGAAAAUACAUACCCAAGAAUAUGUGUUUAAUGGUUUGUGGGAUCUUUUUUUUUUCCUUUUCACAAAUACUCAUUUGUAAAAUGGGUAUUUGUAAGACCCGUUCUGUAGAAAAUUUCUGUGCAUUUUAUAUAAAUUAUUCUCUUUGGAGUCUAACAGUCUUUAUGGAAAGCCCAUUGGGAGUGGAGCAAUGUCCUUCUUUCUGUCUCUUACAUGCAGUUUGUCCCUCUGCCUCUGCUGGGAUCCGUGCUUUUGAGGACUCUGCCCAGAGCCUGGACAGGCAGAACAGUUCAGUUUUGUCCAACCUGGUGUCAUCAUGAAGUUCUAUGUAGCUUCGAGGCUGAGACAAUGCCUUCUUGGCACCUCUGUCUUUCUGUCCUUUUGCAGUCCAUCUCUGGUGAGCUGGCAAUUCUUUGCGGGGAAAAAGGGAAGCGCAGACCCUUCCUCCUUGGUGCUGUGCUCUUUCAUGUCUAGCUGUAAAGCAGAACUUGUACUUAAAAGUUGGUCUCUUCUGUCAGGACAACUGCAGGGUGGUGCAGCAGGUUUGUGCAAAAAGUAGGAUUUAUACAGUUUACCAGGUCCAAUCUGGAGGGGGGGGAAAAAAAAAAGCAUUUUCUGGCCUGCUAUGCAUUUUUCUAUUUGUCUGAAAUUCUGCAUCAAUACUGCUAAGUAAUUUAACAGUCCUCUCAGAAAAUCCUUUUUAUGCCUCAUCAUACAUUGCCAUUUGUUGCCACCUUAUUUUUAUCUCUCAUCCUAAUAUAUGUCUUUAAUUUGAUUUUUUUUUAACUCUUUGACAAGAGAAAUUGGCCAACUGCUAAAAUGUCAAAAAUUUUGAGUAAGUAAAUGAAAAUAACUGAGCAGAUAACCUGAAAAGGUAGAAAUCCCCCUCCUCACAGUGCACGGUUUCUGUGAUUCUUCUUGCUGUUCCUUUUCAUCAGGACCCUAUUUACAGCAACAUAGAGCAGGAAACAAUUUGAAAGCACAAAAGUCUGCUGUUUGUGGAUGAACAUAUGUGUAUUCACUCCCUUUGACAUUAAUAUAGAGGAUUAUUCAAAUAAAACCAUGUAACAGACAGUUAUAAUGUUAUUAAUUUCAUAUUGACUAUUUUUUAUUUCUUUACAAUGUCCAACUUUGGUCUGCUUUUCUGCCCUAUACCUUCAGAUGACAUAUUUUGUGUUUGGUCAGAAAUGGGUUGCUUUUUUCUUUUUAACAACCCAAACUGAGCAUACCUCAAAGGCUCUGUGGCUUAAGAGAACAGACAUCCUUCUCAGCUAGGAAUCCUGUGUCAGCUGGGUCAGUGAUGGUUCAGGCUUCCUUGCCCUGCCAGCACAGGACCAGUUCAAAGGAAAUACACCCCAAGAGACUUCAUUCUGGGCAACUUGAGUGAAAAUACCUGCAGAAGAAGGUGCACACAUACACACACAUACAUAUAUGUAUUUUUUUGUAACAAGGGUGCUUGAAUCAUCAAUGCUCCAGCCAAGACUGACUUAACCACAGUUUUUGGAAACCAGCACCCUGACUUUAAUUUGGACUGACAUGGUAGAUAUUUAAGGAUACAACCUCUUCUGUUCCCCCAGAGGAAAGAGAAGUGCUCUAUCUCUGUUGGUGUCUCCUUCACCUUCUGAGAUAUCACUUCAGAUAGAUACUAGGCAUCUUCCUACAAGCUUUAACCACUCUUGGCAGUCCGGUGGGAAACCAGUGUUCUGCUGUACACAGCGUGAAUGCAGCUGAGACCUCAGCACUGUGGUGACACUGGGGAGAAGCACCUGCUAAGGAUUGGGGCUGGAGCCUGAACUUGCUCUGAAGAAAAGGCUGUUUCCACUCUCUGCUGGAAUUGUGCCCUCUUUCCUGGCACUACACUGGCAUCUUUUUUUCAGCUUCCCACAUCACUCUGUCACUUGUCACCGUGUGGGGGAAAAAAAAAAUAGGGGGAAUUUCAUGCAGCCUGACAACCAAAGAAUUUUUGAACUGUGGUCUGUGAUCCUCCAAAGAAUAUGUUUUGCUGCAAGUGCACUUGUUUAUACCGAAUCAAAAGAAGUAAAUUACAAGUUCCCUUUUGGUUUUUGUGCCUGUCGACAGGUCUAAGGUAUGCCUGCAGCUUUUGCUGUUAUGAUGGUGCUGGGUCCAUAGACCUACCAGAUGCUCUUAAUGCAGGAUGCUUUCAGGCUGGAAAACUGACAUCUCUGCUGCCAAAGCUUCCUCACCCCCCCCAAAUCCUCCUUGUGAAAUAUGUCUACCAAGAAAAGCACAAGUUUUGCUGGUAUCACCAGCUCUACCAGCGCUCUUUGAAUGACAGCUCUGUCUGGCAGGGACUUUGGCACCUUACUCCUGUAGCUCUGCCAGCAAAAGUGUUUUAACUUUCCUUCAGUGUCAACCUGGUUCUGAAAGCUCCAUCUGUCUGCAACUUUGUCAAAUAUGGGAUUCCAGAUGUUUUAAAAAUAAACUAUAUUCACUAUUUGGAUGAUG